AAUGAGUUUUAAAAAAGGAGACUUUCGUCAUGAUUUUGAAGUUAUUUGUCCAUAUAAUAAGAAACAUUAAAUGCCAUUUAGUAAAUUAUGGUUUCAUAUAACUAAAGGUUGUAAAGAUAAAAGAGAAAAAGGUAUUAUUUUACAAUAUAAAUUAGGACAUAAAUAUGAUACUUGUCCAUAUAAUUGUUUGCAUAUUGUUCUUAAAUCUAAAAUGGAGAAUCAUAUUGCUUAAUGUAGAUAUAAUUAAUUGGAUUCAAAAAAAGCAGAAGAUGCUGAUUUAUUUAAAGAAAUGUAACUCAUUGCUGCUCAAUAAUUUGGAAACAAUAUUCCUUAAAGAAAUAAUAAUUAAAUCUAAUAAUAAUAAUAAAAUAAGUAAAAUAAUAAUCCUCAACAUGAAAUCCCAGAAUGGAGAAAGAUUUUUGAUGGAUAAAGUGAAAUAGAUGAAGAUGAUAUUAAAGAAAUUAAUGAAAUAAGCUAUUAAAAUUAUGAUGAUGAAUCUGAGAAUUCUUUUAAAAUAAAUUAAGGAUUAUCUAGUUCUUCUAAAAGUUUUUAGUCUUCUGCCGCAAAAGAAAAGUCAUAAAAUGAUGAUCAUGAUAGUUAUUAUUAUUGA